AUGCGACCUGUGCGUGUAGUACUAUCGGUUUACUUAUAUAAGAAUAUUAACCUCUCCUUUAGUAUUAAGAAAAUCAUAGGUUAUUACGAUACUAGUACUGCCCUUACCUCCCCUGCCUACCAUAAGACCGCUAACCAGGGCGCCUAUUACGCUAUCCUAACGCCUAAGUUCUCCACGCUAGCCGCCUUCGCCCCCACCCUAGCCGCAAGUUCUCGUCGUUCUAAUAACGACUUUGCCCUAGUCACUACUACCGCUGCCCCUAAUACCCCUACCCGUUGCGUCGAUACUAAUGCUACCUUUAUUGCCUACGUCCUAGGCACCCUAUUGCCUGCCUCCUACGCCCGUACGAGCGUCUCUGUACGCCCCGUACCUAUGCUGAUCGACUUCGGCUGUUCCUAUACCUACUACUCUUCCUUACCUGCCGAGCGUGUAACGUACCUAGUCCGUAAUUGUAACGACCCUACCCUUGCUGCUAUAACUAUUAUUUUAGAGGAGGAAGAUAAGGAGGAGGAUAUUACGGAGUAA